AUGGCGCCGCGCAUCGAAGCUCAGGAGAUCGACACAUACUGGAACAUCUUCACAACGCGGACCAAUGGCGGCACGCACUUGACGGGCGAGCAAGCGGCGCCCCUACUGAAGAACAGUGGCCUGCGGGACGACCAGCUCGAGCGGGUGUGGGACAUCGCGGACGUCGACAAUGACGGAAACCUGGACUUUGAGGAGUUCUGCGUGGCCAUGCGCAUUAUCUUCGACAUCGUCAACGGGGAGUACAACGACGUCCCGGCGACACUACCAGACUGGCUCGUGCCAGAAUCGAAAGCCCAUCUCGUACAAGCGAGCCGAGCCCUUACGGGUAAACAAGUACAGUUUGAGCAAGUGGACGACGACUCCGAUACACCCGGGCUAAAGGAUGGGUUCGAUUGGUAUAUGAGCAAGGAUGACAAGGCGAAAUACGAGUCGAUAUACCAGGAGAACAGAGACAUGCGGGGCGAGAUAGCAUUCAACGCGCUCGAAGACUUGUACGAAUCGCUCGACGUGCCCGAUACCGAUAUCCGAUCAGCGUGGAACCUGAUCAACCCAUCCGCCUCCUCUUCCAUCAAUAAAGACGCCUGUCUGGCCUUCCUGCACAUCCUCAACAAUAGACACGAGGGGUUCCGGAUCCCACGGACGGUGCCCGCCUCCCUGCGCUCGUCGUUCGAGCGGAACCAGAUCGACUACCAGGUCGACAGCAAGCGCAACGCAGCCGCGGCCUCGCGAUGGGCAGCCAAGGCCGACGACACAACAUCAACAGGCCGCAAGGCCAAGUUCGGCGACCAGUACCUGACGCGGCUGGGGCGCAGCGGGUUCAAGGCGGCCGGCACGGACUUCAGCUCGGCGCAGACGGACGCCGAGUGGGAGGAGGUGCGGCUCAAGAAGCAGCUGGCGGAGCUCGAGGCCAAGAUGGACAAGGUCGAGACGGAGGCGGAACGGCGCCGCGGCGGCGCCAAGCGCGACAGCAAGCCCGCGCUCGUGAAACGCGAGCUGGAGCAGCUGCUCGACUACAAGCGCAAGGAGCUGCGGGAGCUGGAGGAGGGCAAUGGCAAGGCCAAGGUGGGUGGGAAUCUGAGGGGCGUCUCGGAAGACCUGCAGACCGUAAAGGAGCAGGUCGAUGGGCUGGAGACGCAUCUUAGUUCGCGGAUGCAGAUCCUUGAGCAGUUGAGGAGGGAGAUUGAGGACGAGAAGACGGGGAGGUGA